CCACGAUCUUCCUGAAACACAAAAGUGGCCGUCGACAGUGUUCCAUUUUAGAGAGAGAAAGCUAGGGUGAGAGAAUCAACUAUGGCAAACGCAGACGUUGAGGCGGUGGAUUUCGAGCCCGAAGAUGACGACCUCAUGGACGAGGACGGUGCCCCAGACGCCGACGCCACCGCUUCUCCCCGUGCCCCUCUUCCUAAGCUCAAGUCCGCCAUCACUGGCGGCGGUGCCUCAUCCUCACUCUCCCAAAAGAAGACCAAGGGCCGCGGUUUCCGUGAGGAUCUCAACACCGACCGCAACAGCCGUCUAACUGGCGCCGAUUUUGACUCCCUCAAGUCCUCCGACGGGCUCGAGCCCCAGCGUUCAAUUGAAGGUUGGAUUAUUCUGGUCACUGGAGUUCAUGAGGAGGCACAAGAGGAUGAUCUACAGAAUGCCUUUGGUGAGUUUGGAGAAAUCAAGAAUUUGCACUUGAAUCUUGAUCGUCGUACUGGUUUUGUCAAGGGAUAUGCACUCAUCGAGUAUGAGAGUUUUGAGGAAGCACAAGCUGCUAUAGCUGGAAUGAAUGGAGCUGAACUUCUCACCCAGACUGUGAGUGUGGAUUGGUCCUUCAGCAAUGGCUCCUUUCUUGAUGGAGCUAACAAGAAGAAGAAUAUAAGGCCUCCACGAGAGCGUCGCUCAAGGAGUCCCAGGAGAAGAUACUAAUUUGGUUUAUGUUCUACUGUGAGGAGAAUGAAUUCUCAAGGAAGAGGGGGUUUCAUAUCUGUAUUAUUUGAGUUCCGAGUUCACCUGUUAUAGGGCUUCCGUCUUUGUUCUUCAAGGAGCCCCUCACUUUACCCAUAUUAUAAAUGGUUCAAGUGAUGAGUUCCUUAGUGAUUUGUUUUCUAUUAACUUGGGGAUGCUUUUCAUGGUGUGAUUCUGAUUUUGAAGACACUGCUAGUAAAGAUGAAUGAUGAUUUUGUAAGAUUGAUGUAGUUUUUAUCCUAAUUUUAUCUCUUAAA